CUCAGAUUUGUAUGAUGUAAGGGACUUUUUAGUAUGCUGGAUAAGCGGCGACUCCAUGCCUCCGGUACGUCGCCUUGCACUCUGAUUUUUGUGGUCGCUUUGGCACUGACUGGAUGCUUCUCCUUCUGGCUUCACAUCGACAAUUCCGGUUCACCGACGCCAUACAGCAGUGGCGUAUCGGCACCGGGAUAUCUAUUAAUCUUACCCGGAAACGUGACACCCUCUCCGCAGCCAUACUUAUUACACGAACUUCCGUUCGGUGACAAAUCAACUCUUAUUGAUAUAAAAGACUUUCGGUUCACGAUCAACAAUAAUCCAUGUAACGGAACACAUCUAUUGUUGUUGAUGUUGGUUCACUCGGCUCCAGAGAAUUUUGUGAAGAGAAAUGUAGUCAGGGAAACCUGGGGCCAGCAAUCGUCAAAUGUGGCGCUCCUCUUCUUCGUUGGCUCAUCUGAUGAAUACCAAACGAUGUUGGAGGAGGAAAAUAGAAAAUACAAAGAUUUGAUACAAGGCAACUUUCUCGAUGCCUACAGAAACAUGACUUAUAAGCAUGUGAUGGCAUUGAAAUGGGCUACGUAUCAUUGUCCAAGUGCCAAAUAUAUAUUAAAAUUAGAUGAUGAUGUUUUUGUUCAUAUACCUGCCAUGUUGGAUUUCUUGACGCGUGAUCUAUCACCAUGGGGAGCCAGGCGAUUGAUCCUUUGCGAUCUCCACCCCACAGGUACCGUGAAGAGAUCUUGGCGAUCUAAGUGGAGAGUCUCCCCUCAAGAAUAUCCUGGUAGACAUUAUCCUGCAUAUUGCGCAGGAUGGGCUAUAUUGUACUCUCCUGAUAGCGUAUUUCUUUUGUAUCGUGAAGCGCAGAAAGAGCCAUACUUCUGGAUAGAUGAUGUUCAUAUUACCGGGACAUUAGCUAGGAAAGUAAAUUUAACUCAAACUUCUCUGCAUUAUUUAAUGCUAACUAAUGAGAACAUGCAAGAUCUUCUAUCUAAUCCCAGUUCUCAUAGAGAGUUUCUAUUCGGACCUCCAAAUCUCACAGAAAACGAAAUAAGAGCCUUACAGAAUCUGGUCAUUAAACCACGGCCUAGCAGUGAAAGCCUAGUAAAUUGAAAUAUUUCGGAUAUCCGAAACAAAUUUAUGCAUCUGUGAUCGUUUUUAUUUUUAAGUCCAUUUUUUAGAUAAAAAAAUUUUAUCGCGAGUUAUAUUUAUUUCUUUUUCUACUUCAAUAAUCUUUAAUAAAAACAAGAUUAAAAAUCAAUCAUCGCAAUAGAAUUCUUUUCAUCUCAAGAAAUAUAAAAAAUCUCGAAGAAAAAAAAUAGGCAGAUGCAUAAAUUCUUUUUAUUUAAUUCAAAAACAUUUUUGUGAUAUUUGAUAUUUUAUGCACUUAUUUCACAUAUUUCAAUUUCAUGCAGAUAUAAUUCUUUUUUGAGGUAAACAUUCAAUUUUUUUUGCACAGUAUUUUUAUAGUAUUAUACUGGAUUGCAAAAGAGAUUUUACCAAUAUCGAAUCGGACAUCUUUUUACGAUAUUAUAUUUUUUUAUCAUAAUAAUUUCUUUUAUAUUGAUAUUAUAAAAAUGAUAUUAUGAUACCAGUGUUGAUAUUGUUUGUAUUCUAUGUAGUACUUACUUUUAUUUUCAUUAUUUUUUUUAAUUAUGGUUUCUAAUGUACUUGAAUAAUAUUUUAAUAGAAUACUUAACAACGUAUCCGAUUUGAAAUAACGCAUCAUAAUUAACGCACAAUAAGUUAUAUUCUUGUGGUGCUGUAAAGAAAAAUUAAUGGAGGAAAGAGAAGAAAAGGAAAGAAA